CUCAUCUGUAACUACACUGUUGCUGAUUCAUCGUACGUAUAUCACACACCACAAUGGCAGAGCAGCAGGAGCCUAGCCAGAUUAGCGGAAACCUCAAGGCAGCACAGGGCGCGGCGUACUCUGCAGUCGGGGCAGUCCUCCCAUCCACCUUGGGCGGCGACAGCUGGGCCGAGUCGGGUGCCGAGCUGGCCAAGGAGGGACAGGAAGAGGUCGACGCUGCCAAGAGCCAGGCCGCGCGCGACGCGACCGUCGACAGCGCAAAGGCAAAGGCAAAGUCCGCCUGGGGCUCGCUCACUGGCAACCAGGAUCUCCAGACCGAGGGCAACACCGAAUCAGAGUCGGCCCAGUGGAAGUACAAGCAGGCGACGAGCGACUCUGUCCUCGCCGUGCCCGUGCCUUCCCUCGACGGCGCAAAGGGCAAGCUCCAGAGCGCCGUGGGCGCCGGGACGGGCAACCAGGAGCUCCAGAACGAGGGGAACGCGCGCGCCGAGGCGGCCGCGUGGCGUGAUGGCGUGUAG